AUGGAGGCCGACCCUGGCACGUUUGACGAGGCUCGGCUCCGAGCCUGGGUGGAAGGCUCGGGAGUGACGAGGCUGAGUGUGGGAUGCCAGGCGUUUGACGAAGCACUGCUGAAGGCGUGCGGGAGAUCUCAUUCGCUUGCUGACGUGUACGAUGCUGUUGAUGCGGUGAAACGCGUGGGACUGGAGAAUUGGAGCCUGGAUUUGAUUUCAGGCUUGCCAGGUCAGACCCUCGACAGCUGGCACCACUCCCUCUCCGAAGUGAUCCGCCUGGGCCCCAGCCACGUGUCAGUCUAUGAUUUGCAGGUGGAGCAAGGCACAGCCUUUGGCCGAUGGUAUUCACCCGGCCGCUCCCCCCUCCCCGCCGACGAUCUUUCCGCUGACAUGUACCGGGAAGCUUCCAGGCAGCUUCGUGCAGCGGGGUAUGUUCAUUACGAGGUUAGCAACUACGCAAAACCUGGCUUCCAGUCUCGGCAUAACCGAACCUACUGGACGAAUUUCCCGUACCUGGGAUUCGGGCUCGGCGCGGCCAGCUAUGUCGCUCGGAAGAGGUUCGUUCGGCCCCGAACCUGGGAUGGGUACGGGGAGUGGGUCGGCAAGUACGAAGCUAGCAACGGAGUGAUUGAUUGGCCGGAGGAUUCCAGAGAAGAGGAGCUGCUAGAUACGGUCAUGCUCGGGCUCAGGCUCGGGGAAGGCUUGGGAAUGCCGGAGCUGGCGGGUAGGUUUGGCGAGGAGGCGGCGGCGGCGGUGGGGAAAGCGCUACUGAAAUUUAUCGAGACGGGAUUGGUGGAAAUAGUCCAUGUAAUGCCCGAUGGAAGGAUGGAGGUUAUGGGAAGAGAGCAGCAGUGUGUGAGAGUAUUGGAGCAGCAGUGGGAUUUGAUGGCUGCUCAAGAGAAAAGGGGUGUCGGGGUUGCAGGAGAUGGUGUGAAGGGGGGUGUGGUGGAAGGCCCUACUGCAAGAAGGGGGAGUGAGGGUGGUGAGAAUGCUGGUGGUAGGCGGCAGGUCAGGUGGCCAGACCUCAGAAUGCGGCUGACUGAUCCAGAGGGGUUUCUGGUAUCAAAUGAUGUUAUCUCAAGUGUGUUUGAAGCGGUUGGAUGA